UUUAGUUGCCCUACGAAUUAUAAGAACUCGAAAUCAGCCUGGAUGACGUCUGCCAUUUUUAAACAUUGGUUCCAUCAAUUUUUUGUGCCACAGGUUAACAAUUUUUUCGCUUAAUUAAUAAUUAUUAUAAAUUCUUGCUUUUGGCCAGGUAAGAUUGUUUCUAAAGCGGAAGAACUUACCAAUCAAGGCACUAUUACUUACUGACAACGCUCCCUCUCAUCCAAGUGAAGCACAAUUAAAAACUGAAGAUGGAAAUAUAAUUGCCAUGUUUAUGCCGCCAAAUGUCACCCCUCUUAUCAACCUAUGGAUCAAAAUGCGAUUAAAAUAACGAAGUUAUAUUACAGAAACAGUUUGUUGGCUUCAAUAGCAGCAAAAAACUUAGAUUUGCUUGAAUCAAUGAAAAAUGUAACGUUGAAAGAUGCUGUUACCCUUUUAUCUGUCGCGUGGGAUCGGGUCAGCACAGAAAUUCUUGCCAAUUGUUGGAAAAACAUUUUAAGUUUAAUUGGAAACGAGGAGGACCCUGAAUAUAACAUUCCAUUAAGUAUCCUGAAAGACAAAUGGAGUGCACAAAUAAACUCUUUAAUGCGAAUGUCAGUUGAUCUCCUUCAGGACUUGAGUCCUCAGGUUGAGUUUACAUUGCCAAUGGUUCGAGAGUGGAACGAUGACCCUUAUGUUGAUGAUACCACCGAAACCCAUGAAAUUGAAGAAAGUGACGAUGAUGAUUGUAUUGCCGAAGACCCCAUAAAGAUAAUUGCCGCAAGUGAGGCAGUUGAAAUCUUUAACAAGGCAUUGCAAUGGGCUGGAGAUGCAAUGGUUGAUCAAAGCGACAUGAGUGUACUUAGACGCUUAAGGGAGAAAGCAGUAUUUCAGCUAUUAGAAAGGAAAAAGCAGCAGAAAAAGAUAACGGAUUUGUUUAAUGAAUAAAUCUAAUGUGAAAUUUUAUUCGCAAUUUAAUAUGUAUGUUCAUACCCAUGAACAUACUAAUGGCAAUAAUAAAAUACUUUUACAUUUAAAUGGGUAAAAAUCCUGAA